AUUUCGUAUCAUCUAGGUCUCACGGGACCGUGUGUAACACUCGAUACCGCGUGCUCCUCAUCAUUAGUGACGCUACAUCUUGGGGCAGUAACGCUGGAAAUAAAUGAAUGCACAUGUGCCUGUAGCACCAGUGUCGGCAUACUCACACAAGAUUCGUCUCUGUCUUUUGCAGGUGGGGGCAUGCUUUCUAACCUCGGCAGGUGUCACACAUUCGAUGGCCGAGCAGACGGAUACUGCCGAGGAGAGGGAUGUGGGGCCUUUCUACUCGUUAUGGACUCUGAAAUUGGAGCGGCUCGCCUUGGUUCUGCUGUGCAGUAG